GAAAGAUUAUUCUUACACCUUUUAAUGAAAUAGACAAGUAAAUCUAUGGAGUUAAGUUUGAGGUUAUAACAGCCAAGUUUAUUUGUGAAUCAGAUUCAGCAUUCUAAGUGAAAAUGGAAAUGCGAGACAUUAAUUAUGAUAGAAGUGAAUACGUUGAAACAGCCUCUGGAAAUCGUGUAAGUCGUAGAACAGUUUUGUGUGGAUCUCAAAACAUAGUUCUACAAGGAAAAGUCAUUAUCCAAUCUGAUGCUAUAAUAAGAGGAGAUUUGGCUAAUGUAAAAACUGGCAGAUACUGUAUCAUUAGUAAGGAAGCAGUAAUAAGACCGCCUUACAAAAAGUUUAGCAAAGGGGUUGCAUUUUUUCCUUUAACUAUGGGUGACCAUGUAUAUGUUGGUGAGAGAUCUGUAGUUAAUGCUGCAAACAUAGGAUCUUAUGUUUAUAUCGGAAGAAAUGUUGUAUUGGUAAUGAAUUUCAGUAAUUAUAUAUCUAGCAUAUCUUUCAAUUUGAUAAAUAGAGUAUCAUUUUAGC